CCUCCCGCCCGUCGGGGAGCUCCGCUCAGCAGAGCAGCUGCGGCCUCCCCUUGCCCGGCAGAGCAGCAGCGACAGCGGCGCGCAGGAGCUCCUCCAUGGCGCGCCCCCCUGGCAGCGCGCGUUCGCCAGCCGCAUGCAGAGAAGAGUGGUCCUUCUUUCUUAGCCGUGGAGAGCGUCGAGCGCCAGCACCAAGCUGCCACCCGCCUCUCCAGUUCCCCGCCCCAUCCGGCGGUGCUGCCCUCCCCGCCGCUGUCGCACAACUCGGCGGCGGCGGCGGCGAACGCGCGCUGGACGCCGACCAAGGAGCAGAUCGGCGUGCUGGAGGUGCUGUACCGGCAGGGGCCGCGCACCCCAACAGCCGAGCAGAUAUAGCAGGUGACGGCGCGGCUGUAGAAGCACGUCCCCAUCGAGGGCAAUAACGUCUUCUACGGGUUCCAGAACCACAAGGCCCGGCAGCGCCAGCGGCAGAAAAUCCGGCAGAAGCAGCAGGACGCAGACGCCGAUGUUGUGCCCGAGAGUGGAGACGGUGGCGCAUGACAAGG